UUGUAAAUAUGCUUCACAUCCACUUAACUUACUCUUUUUUAGUAAACUAUACAAAAUUUCCUUCAAAGGCAAACGGACAUCUAUCUCAACAAUGAUGUUCAGCUUGAUGCUGGUCCUACUGGUCCCCGUGGCGGUACAGUCCUCCCUGCAUCCAGUGGACUGUAACGAGGUGUACCAAUCAGGUUCUGGACAGAAUGGGGUUUACACUAUUUAUCCUGCAGGAUCCACCUCACCUGUCCAGGUGUUCUGUGAGAUGUCGAUGGACAGUGCAUAUCCAGGAAAGUGGACGGUGAUUCAGAAAAGACAGGGUGGAUCAGUGAACUUCCACUGGAAGUGGAAUGAGUACAAGAGUGGGUUUGGGAGCGCAGCUGGAGAGUACUGGCUGGGACUGGAGACGAUGCAUCUCCUGACUAUGAGAAAGACCUAUGAGCUGAGGGUGGACAUGGAGGACUUUGAGGGGAAGAAGGUCUAUGCUCAGUACUCCUCCUUCUCUGUUGGACCAGAGGCUGAAGGGUACCCUCUAAAGCUGGGUUCAUUCAAAGAUGGAGGAGCAGGAGAUUCCAUGACUCAUCACAGUGGUCAGAAAUCUCUGUUCUUAUCCUCAGGAGAUUCUAUGACAUCACAGUGA